GUUAGUUUCAAAUUGAGUUUAAAAAGGAUUUCUGAUUCCCAUAUUUCCACACGAGAAAUUCGGAAAAAUUCUUGCAGGAAUCCGGAAGCAAUACUACAUCAUCAGCUGUCUUAUUUAUUACCCAAAAAAAAAAUAUUAGUCAUAAAGAAAAAAAGAUUCACACUUAUUCAAAUCAAUCAAUCAUUAUUAUUCAAUAACCUGUCUAACAGCAGGACAUAGAUUCUAAAAAAUUCGAAUCCAAAUAGAAAAACAUUGAUAGUACAUGUGAAUCCUGAUACCUUUUCGGAUUGAGUUUUCAGACUAGCCAGCCCCGGUAACUAUCAGAAGCUGCUUAAAUAUCAGUUGUCGACCAACCCUUGUAGGAACAGGGCAACUGGGCAGUCUUGUGUUCUUCAUACUUGAUUCUCUGCCCUCUUUUUUCCAUGAACUUUUCAGGUAAUUUUUAAUUGUUUUAUCAUAAGUUUGUUUUUAUCUGUUGUUGCUUUUGAUGUUUUCACAAGAAUGGUGUCAACUGUCAACCCUUUUCUUCCUAAAGUUAUCAUCUUGUUCAUAACAAUCCCAACACGACAUAUCAAUGCGAGAAAAGCUGUUUCGUGUUUUAUAUGGUGGAGUUUUGUAUUUUGUUUCUAUUAAGAUAUGCCCAAAAAGAAUUCCUUUAUUGAAGAUAACGAAGGGCUUACUUUUGUUUCGGACAUAAACACACACACACGCAGUGUGUAGAGAUUUUUUCUUCCCCGAAAUACUGUAGAAGGGGUGAAGUUUUUUUUUUUUUUUAUAAAACCUUUUAAGUUACCGUUUUGCAGAAAAACCAGAUAAGACCAUGUCUGACGUAAAUGGAUCUGCUUCUCCGACCAGACUUCAGGGCAAAUGGACUGCAAUUGUGGUGUGUUGGUUUCUGGGAUUGGGAUCCCUUAUUGCUUGGAAUAGUAUGCUGACAAUUGGAGACUAUUACUAUGCAUUGUUCCCUCGGUAUCACCCUUCAAGGGUACUUACCCUAGUUUAUCAGCCAUUUGCACUUGCGACAAUGAUUUAUCUGUCUUACAAAGAAGCAACGAUUGAUACAAGGAAGCGCAACUUGGCUGGAUUUGGCCUUUUCUCUCUGAGCACAUUCGCUCUCCUCAUCUUAGAUAUUGCCUCAUCUGGGAGAGGAGGAAUUGGGAUUUACAUUGGGAUAUGUGUUAUAGUUGCUGUUUUUGGAAUCGCUGAUGCACAUAUUGAAGGUGGAAUGGUUGGGGAUCUUUCGUUCAUGUGUCCUGAGUUUAUCCAAUCAUUUUUGAUUGGUUUUGCUGCCUCCGGAGCUUUGACAUCUGGUUUGAGGUUGAUGACCAAAGCAGCCUUUGAUAAUACACAUGAUGGUCUUCGCAAAGGCGUUAUCUUGUUUCUAGCCAUCUCCACCAUCAUCGAGCUUCUUUGCUUUAUUCUAUAUGCAUUCGUCUUCCCUAAGAUACCAAUUGUGAAGCAUUUUCGGGCGAAGGCCGCAUCAGAAGGAUCAAAAACUGUGGUAUCUGAUCUUGCUGUGGCUGGAAUCCAAAAACAGGUUGAUGAGGAAAAAGAAGCGGAUAGGUUGAGCAACAAGCAACUCCUGCUGCAGAACAUUGAUUAUGCACUGGACCUUUUCCUGAUAUACGUCCUAACUUUGUCAAUCUUUCCUGGAUUUUUGUACGAGAACACGGGAACUCACCAAUUGGGCUCAUGGUAUCCCCUCGUUUUGAUAGCAAUGUACAAUGUAUUGGACCUCGUCGGGCGAUUCACUCCUCUUAUUGAAUGCCUGAAGAUAGAAAACCGGAAAGGUCUAAUGCUGGCAAUACUGUUGCGUGUCUUGUUCAUCCCUGCAUUCUACUUUACAGCGAAAUACGGUGAUCAGGGAUGGAUGAUAAUGCUGACAUCCUUGUUGGGACUAACAAAUGGUCACCUUACUGUAUGUGUAUUCACAGCAGCUCCCAAAGGCUACAAGGGACCAGAGCAAAACGCACUAGGGAAUCUGUUGGUGGUGUUCCUUCUGGGAGGCAUUUUUGCAGGUGUGGCAUUGGAUUGGUUGUGGCUGAUUGGCAAUGGAAGUUUUUAAACCAAGUGUGAAUACACUCUUGACUGUAUUGAGAAGGAAGUUGUGAGUCUGGUUGUGAGGGAAUUGAAAUACGUUUAUUAAUUAUUAUUCUGUGGAUAGGUUUUUCCUAGGAAAGUGAUUUUUCAUUUUCGUUUCUUAAACCAUUCUUAGUUCUCUGUAUAUUGCUACUCCCUCCAUUCCAAAAUAUAUAUCGUCGAAAGAGUUUCACAAAGUUUAAGGAGACAAUAAAUAUUUAGUUAAAAUACCAAACUACCCUCAUUUAUUCACAAUACAAUUCUAUUCUCAAUAUCUCUUAAUUGUAAUACAUUUCUACUUUAAAUACAAUUACAAUAUGCUGUAUAGGAACAAUGUUGGAAGAAAUUGAC